AUGGAAAGAAAUUUAACCAUUUUACCAACUAACCAACUUUUAGCCCAAGUUUGGGAUUAUGCUAUUACUCGACCAGCCAAAAGAGGCGAGCAUAAAAAAGAACUUUGGAACAUCAACAACCCGAAUACAAAAACUUAUAUCUUUUACGCGGUAAAGGUAAAAAAGAACGCUGGCAAGUUUUUGGAGCAGGUGAAAAAGGAACUGAAUAUUAGUGAGAAUAUUGAAUUAAGUCCGCACACAUUAAGAAGGUGCUUUGCGACUUACCAAGCCAUUUCGGGAAUGCCCUUACCAGUUUUACAGAAAGUAUUAGGGCAUAGUAAAAUAAGCACGACUGCCCUCUAUAUCAGAGAUAGAGAUUUAAGUAAUUUACAGUUAACUGAACGAAUUGCUAAUAAUCUAAGUCGGAAAAGAGCCAGUUUAACCAAAUCUCAAAUUGAAAGUGUAAUCAACGAACUAUUAACCGAAACCAAAAAAGCCUUAGUCAAAGGAGAAACAAUUCGCUUCCCUAGUUAUUAUUCUUUGACUACGGCAAUAACUAAGCCGAGGGUGGCUAUGAACUUGCAGACUAAGAAAAAAAUGAAUAUUCCGGCUAAAAGAGUGCCAAAAAUUAAAUUUAGUGCGGAUUUAAAAGCAGAGGUAGCCAAAAAAAAAUAA